AUGGUUUAUUUAUUAGAAAAAAAUGAAGAUAAUCAUUUAGUUGAAGAUUCACCACAUCAUGUAAUGAAAAUAUUAAAAGAAAAUAAAUAUUCAAAAUGUUUUCAAAAAGAAGUUCAAAUGUCAAAAAGAUUAAAACGGUUUAAUAAUUUAAAUAAAUUUCAUUUAUUUUUUCAAGCUAUUCUAUAUCUAUUGUCUUCAGAAUCAUUAUCAUUGAUACAAUCGAAACAAGUUAUUGAUAUAAUUCAUUAUUUAUAUGAUUGUCUUGUUAUUCAUCGUGAUAGUAAUCAUAUAAAAUUAAUUGAUUUCGUUUUUGCAUUUGUGUUUAAUAUGGAUAACAAAGGGGACAGCAUAGAAAUAAUAGGUCCACUUACAUAUGCUAGUGAACCAUUUUUAGAUUUGUAUUUAGAAUUAUUAUCUGACCGGGGUUUCCCAUAUUAUUUUUAUGAACGAACUUUUGAUUUAAUAUGUGUAUUAAAUAUUAUAAUGGCUAUGAGUAAUGUUGAUAUCGAACGAAGUAGUAUUAAAAUCAUUGCAAUCAUGGAAAGAUACUCAACGUACAAAUAAACAUUAUUCAAAUUUAUUGAAUUUAAUAAACAAGCUGGAUUCAUGAUGGUCAUUAGAUAAAUCAUCAGUUUCUCAUGUUUCAAAAGAUCAAUCAGCAAUAUUUGACGUUAUAAAAGAUGAAAUAGAAAAACUUUUCGAUGUGUGAACAAUUAUAUUCAUGCUCUUUUUCUAUAUCACAUGUUCAUGUCAUUUAUUUUAAAAUUUCACAUAGCACUUCUCAUUAAUAUUUUUCCAUUCAUUUCUUUUUUUUGUUUGCUUAUUAUUUUGUUGUUUGUUAAUUUUGAUCUCUAUCCAUACAUAAACAAUCAUCGUCAUUAAAAAAAAACAGCUUUUUUUUUCAUUUAUUAAAACGCGUUUUUUUGAAUUUUCUAGUCUAAAGAUAAGAAAAUUGUAUUCUAUAGACGGUCAUAGUCAAUACUAGUUUCCAGUUGCAAAAGAUUUUCGACUAAAGAAAUAAUUUUCGUGAAGUUUAUAAAAUGAAUUCCGUUUGAAUUAAAAUAAAAUCUUACGUUUUCAAUCAAAAUGACAAUAAGCAGCAAUGUAUUAAAUUUUGAUUACGCUAGUCAAAACGCAUUGUCCUUGAUUAUCAAGGGUGUGGACGUGAGUGCGGUGGAGGAUAUGGGUCGACAGUAAGAAUUUGAGGCUUCGCUUUCGAUCCAUCCUUGAUACCAAAUAUCUAGAGGUAGAUUCAAGUGAAAUUUUUGUGCCAAAUAACCCAUAUCCAAAAAUGGUACCAACCAUUCGAUAGAGAAUCAAAGUCUGCAUCUAAGACCGAACAUAGAUGAAAAAUUGAAUCCAGUUCUAACAUUACUUACGUUAUAUAAAUAAAUAAUUAGUUAAUGUACCGAUGGCAUAUUUUCCCAUUUAAUGAGAUUACCUGGAGAGUGUUGUAUUUUCGAACAGACGAUCUUCGAUUGGUUUAUCGAUAAUUAUAAUAAAUCCAAAACCUUUUUUUCGACUAGUUUCUGAAAUCGGCUUAUUUAUGAGGAAGAUUUACUUUUACAAAAGUCUAAAGAUUUCUAAAAUUAACAAGCUACUUGUAAAAUGUGCAUUGGUUUGUAAUUUUCGUAUUUGAACAUAUAAUAACAACAGUCUAUCUAUCUUGUUUCUAAUGAGAAGAGGUUCUUUAAGAGUAAAAUUCAUUCUUUUGAAAACUUGAUACUGAUAAUCAUCUUGUUGAGUGUGUUCUUAUUGACAUGGUCGAAGUAAAUGAUUUAUGAACAAUCUUUGCAUGCUCAAUCGAUCUCCAUUCAGAUCAACUUCAUGAUAAUAACGAAUAUUCUCGAAACACGAUAAACAUUGUUGUGGUUUAAAUGGUGGAGAAAAGUUUAGCAAGAAAGUAUUUUUUUCUAAGAUACUAAGCGUCUAGAUCAUAAUAUUUUAAUAACUGAUGGAGGUUUCUAUCUAAUGCAUUCUAUAUUAAAAUUUCAUUAAUAAACUAUGACUGUUAGCUUUCGGAAAAAUGGACGAGGUAUUUUUCGCGUAUCAGAAGAUUUUGUUUUAGUUAGGUUUUUUUAAACAUUGCCAUUCUUAAAAAGACCAAACUUAAGCAUCACGGCAUUUUCUACGACCUUCACUCAAAACAUUAAAAUAAUCAUAAAAGUCGUAAAGACGACGAAAUGUCUAAAAAGUCAGCAACAAACUUUUUUCUGGAGUUUGUGAAAUAUUGUGCUUUCUAUGCUCGCAUUGUUAAGAAUUAGCUCAAACAAAGUUUUCUGAGAUCUCAUAGCUACCUUGUCCCAUGUUUUUAGAAAGUUCACCAUCAUAGUUUAUCUAUGAAGUUUUGAUUUCGACUACAUAAAUUAUAUAAUGACUGAGUGAGAAAAUUAUGCUUUUUUUUUCUUCAUAAACAGUCAAUAUCAAAAGAUUAAUCCGAAUAGAAUUCUAGUCUCAUAAAUUAUAUUAUUUAGUACAAUUACUUCAAGAAGUAUAAUAGAUAUUUCCUAAUCCUGUAAAAAGUGAAUAUUUGACUAGCGUUCUUUCGUAAAUGCUGAGAAACAAAAAUAUCCAUAUUAUGAUCGAUCGAAACAAACUUUGAUUACACAAUUUUAGUAUGCAUUAUUCAUAAAGCAACCGAUGAUCUCCAACUAUAAGAAUAUAUUAUUUAAUUUAAGUGUCGCACAGUCAAAGAGAAAGUCUACUUCAUUCAUUAUCAAAACUUAUCUUCACAAAACUAUCAAAUGUCAUUCAUUUAUGCUUAAAUGUGGCGACAAACAGAAGCCAUAUCCUCAUGGUAGUACUGUCUAACUUGAUGUGUAUAUAUAAGUAUAAUUUUUAUUGAUUCCACGUUAAGUAAACAUUUUUUUAUUAUAUAAUUUCAGGGUGUGGGUGUGGAUGUAAGUGUGGAUAUAAAGAGCACCUACAUCCUCCCUCACCCGGCACACCCGCCACCCAUACGCUGAUAGAAGUCUAUUCCAUAUACGAAGACCAAUUCUGAAACUUUUGACGCUUGAACGUGAUAUAAGAGGGGGCCUUCUAUUACUGGGGGAGGGCUAAGGUUAUGCAUACUAAAGUACUUUUAUAGAUAUAACAUUUCUAUUGACUGAAAGAGCCCUUCGCACCCUUUUUGAAAAAAAUGCACUUUGGUUUUUUUUCUCCCGAACAAGAGAGUGUUUCAAAUUAAAAUAUAUGGGCGAUUAGUAUAUUCAAAAUUCUGUCGAGCGUAUCUUUAAAAAAACUUAACUUCACUUGUCUAAGAAUCAUAAAAUCUUUUGAGUCGUUAAGUUUGGCAAAAUCAUUAGUGUUAACGUCACAAUUUUUGAUAUCUCGAACAAUUAGUACAGUUUGGCCACCACAUGUUUUGAAAAGAAUCUUUUAACAUGAUUUUAUAGACAAAUGGUCGAACUAUAUUAUCCACAUAAAAGAGUUCGAAAAUGAUUUUAUUGUAAUUUUAGAAUUUGAAAAUUUUCUUUAGCCAUGACAAUUUUGAGCUUAAAUCAACCAGGUGAUUGAUUUUUGUAAAACAUAUUAGAUAAGGAAGAAUGUUUAUAUACUAUUUUAUAGUGUUCGUGAACAACCAUCAACCUAACAACAUCUUUCACUAUAUUAGAAUACAACAAUUCUUUUCCAACAAAUAAUUUAUUUUCAAUAAAGCUGUAGUAUCCCAAGAAAAUUCUUUAUUCAAUGACAAAUUUAAUUAAAAGUUCGAUUAGAUUCUCAUCGAAUGUCUCGUGGGU